ACAAGUUUACGAGGAAGUGCCGACGUUUGCAGAUGCGUUGCAACUUCGAUUGAUUAAAACUCGACCCCUCAUCUUCAUUUGUCUUGGACCUAGCCGAUUUGAGCAUGUUACUGCCAGCGGAAUACAGCAUUCAGAGAAAGUGAGUCAUUGCGGGUUUUGGGUGUUGCCCCACCCCACUCGAUAUGGAGCCAAAGAAAUCCUCAGUUUGGGGGAACCUGCGCCAGAGGGCCAAGCCUCUGUUCCAGGGCACGCUGAGGUCCAAGAAGGGCUCAGACAAGCAGUCGAUGAGGAAGAAGGGCUUACUGCGUCACAGGCUGAGCUCGUCCGUGCCCGACGUGAGGGACCCGCCCACGUCUUUGGCCACGCCCCCGGCCGAACCGGACUCGGCGCUCCCCGGCGGGAGCGGUUUGCAGGUGGGCUCCGCCCACGCGCACAGACUGAGCAUGCCCUCUCCAGACGCUGCGGACAGGGUCUCCUUGGAUUCCGUGGGCAGCGGCCCCUCGGACAAGUCAGCCCUCUCACGCGGGAGGCCCGAACCCGGGCCCGGGGAGCGGGACGAGGGACCGGACCCCGGCGAAAUGUCGCUCCCGCUGCCGUCGUGGGAUAUACCUACUGUGGAAAUACAGGAGGACAGGAGUGAGUAUGUUGACAAUAAUGAGCUGGACAGCCAUUCAGUGCAGGACAUGGGGGAGAGCAAUGCCUUGGAUGUGGGAGUUGCUGUGACUCAGAGGAGCUUCUACUUGCUCACCAUCACCUUGAGGGAGGGCCGAAAGCUGGUGAUCAGGGACCGCUGCGGAACGAGUGACCCAUAUGUCAAAUUCAAAUUAGAAGGAAAGACUGUUUACAAAAGCAAAGUGAUCUCGAAAAACCUGAACCCCAUCUGGAAUGAGUCCUUCUCCCUUCCCAUGCGCAGUCUGGAGCAGAAGCUGCUGGUAAAGGUGUACGACCGCGACCUGACCAAAGAUGACUUUAUGGGGUCCGCAUGUAUGAACCUGAGCGACCUUGAGCUGGACAAAACCUGCGAGAUGGUGCUCCAGCUGGAUGAUCCAAACAGCCUGGAGGAAGACAUGGGCGUGGUGGUGAUUGACACCUGCCUGUCACUCAGAGACGGGGAAAGCGGGCAUCUUCAGAAGUCAUCCAAACUGAAGAAGAGCAUAAGGGCGGGGGCGUCGCCGCAGAGCCGGCGUCUGUUCGAGGCGCACAGGAAGAGCCAGCUGUGGAGCGCGGUGGUGGGAGUGACCCUGGUGGAGGGGCGGGACCUGCCCGAGGAUGGCCCGGGGGAAGUGUUUGUGCGCUGCAGGCUGGGCGACCAGAAGUACAAGAGCAAGGCCCUGUGCAAAAAGGCCAACCCUCAGUGGAGAGAGAGGUUUGACUUCAACCACUUCCAGAACGGGCCGGACAUCCUGGAGUUUGAGGUGUGCACCAAGGAGGGGCGCAAAUAUGAGCACUGUUUUGGAAUGUGUGAGGUGGAUCUCUCGCAGGUCCCUGCAAACAAGCAGAAGCUCUUCACUCCAGUGCUGGAUCAUGGGUGUGCCAAACUGGUGUUCCUUAUUACCGUGUCACCCUGCAGCGGGGUGUCCAUCUCCGACAUGUGCGCCCCCCCGCUAGAGGAACCCGAGGAGAGAGAAAACACACUGAACAGAUACUGUUGGAAGAACUCCUUUAAAAAUGUCCGGGAUGUGGGAUUCCUCCAGGCCAAGGUCAUCCGGGCCGCCGACCUCAUUGCGGCCGAUCUUAACGGGAAGAGUGACCCUUUCUGCGUCUUGGAGUUGGGGAACGACAGACUGCAGACCCACACCAUCUACAAAACUCGCCACCCGGAGUGGAACAAAGUCUUUACCUUCCCACUUAAAGACAUCCAUGAUGUGCUGGAGGUGACUGUUUUUGAUGAAGAUGGAGACAAAGCACCAGAUUUCCUAGGGAAGGUGGCCAUUCCUUUGCUCUCUGUGCAUAAUGGCCAGCAGGUGUCAUACAUGCUGAGAAAGGAGGACCUUCAGGGACUGUCCAAAGGGACCAUAUCCCUGGAGCUGGAGGUCGUUUUUAACCCAGUCAGAGCCAGCAUCAGGACCUUCAAACCAAAGGAGAUGAAAUUCAUCGAGGACAACCCCAAGUUUUCCAAAAAGAUCUUAGCGCGCAAUGUGCUUCGCGUCCGGGCGAUCACCAGAGCGCUGCUGUAUACUUUACAGUACAUUAAAAGCUGCUUUCAAUGGGAGAGCACGCAGAGGACAGUCAUCGCCUUCUCGAUCUUCGUCUUCACGGUGUGGCACUGGGAGUUGUACAUGCUGCCACUGCUGCUCCUCUUCCUCAUGGCCUGGAACUAUGUGAAGGUGGUCUAUGGGAAGGACAGCCAAAGUCAAGACCUGGAUAACAUAGGUUAUGAUGAAGAUGAAGACGAAGAUGAGAAGGAGUCUGAGAAAAAAGGGCUGAUGGAAAAGAUCCACAUGGUCCAAGAAAUUGUCAUCACCGUUCAGAACAUUCUGGAAGAAAUUGCAUGCUUUGGGGAAAGAGUUAAGAACACAUUUAACUGGUCAGUGCCCUUCCUGUCCACCCUCGCCUGCUUGAUUUUCACUGUGGCCACAGUAUUGAGUUACUUCAUCCCACUACGCUACAUUGUCCUAAUAUGGGGCAUCAACAAGUUUACCAAGAAGCUGCGCAAUCCGUACGCCAUCGACAACAACGAGGUUAUGGACUUCCUCGGGAGGGUUCCCUCCGAUGUCCAGAAGGUGCAGUACGGCGAACUGAGGGUGGCCAGCGGCCAGACGCCACUCAGGAGGAAGCCUCGCGCUCCAUAGGUGGGGUCGGGUGGGGGGGGGG